CUUCCUUCUCCUCGAUCCCAUCUUCCACUCCACCAACCACCAUCCACUAUCCUCCUCCUCGCCAUCCACCACAUCCCCACUUACAAUGUCCAACUCGACCCUCCCCGCCGAACCACGGCGUGGUGCCCGUGCUCGCAAGCAGGUCGAUCGGUUUGCUCCUCAGAACGGCAAGACGCGUCACGACGCAGAAGACAGUGAUGCUUCAGACGAGUCUGAAAGUGAGGACGAGCGACCACAACCUCGCAAGCGCAAAGCGAAAGCGUCGCGCGCGCCACCAGCGCCCAAACGUCUUAAAGUGCCCAAGACCGUUCCCGCCGCCGAAGUCGAGCCUGUCGAGGGCUUGAAGAAUGAUUCUUCCUUGUUCAACGCGCUGCUACAACCAGACGUCGCCCUGGAGCCGCUGGUAGACGAUUGGGUGCAUGCGUACCAAGGCGCUGCCGAUGAUGCCGCUGCCGAGAAGGCUGCAGUCCACGAGCUCGUACUCUUCAUUAUCCGCGCCUGUGGGCUUUCCGCCGACGUGGACGAGAACGAGGCCGUCGACCUGGACGGUACCGGCGAGGCUGUCGACCGUAUCCAGGAAGAGAGUGUGAUGAGCAACGCUGCUACCUAUCCCCUCAUUGCGAAAGGGAAACAGCUGAAGUCGUUCAAGAGCCAUCUCUCCAGCGUCAUUCAGCAUCUUGUCGAGUCGCUUCAAAUCUCUGGCUUGAUCUACGAAGAUAACGAUUCCACAAAGCAUUCGCAGGCCAUUAUGCCGCUCCUUCUCGCAUGGCUUGGCUCCAUGUCAUCUUCACCUAUCCGCUCCAUCCGCCACACAUCCACAUUCAUUAGUCUCAAGGUGCACUCUGCCCUUUGUGACGCUGCCGCGCAUGUCAGCAAGGACUUGAGCGUCAAGCAGCGGCAGAAGGAAGCAGAAGCGAAGAAGAGCGGUGCAUCCGCCAAGAAGCGCGCAAAGGAUGCGGAGACUAAGGUCAAGGAAUCUCACGCCCACAAGGUCCGCCUUGAGGCGCACAUGAAAGAGAUUUUCGAUGUCAUCUUCAUUCACCGUGUCCGCGAUACCGAUCCCGCCAUUCGCACAGAUUGCGUGAGGGAGCUCGGCGUCUGGGUAAAGAAGUUCCCGGAGAAGUACGCAACCAACACCUACCUCAACUACUUUGUUCGCGAGUGUAACGACCCCGAUGGCAGCGCGCGCCUCGAGACGGUCAAGGCUCUGUCGGGGCUAUUCUCCAACCCAUCACUCGCAAACAAUGCCAGCUCGUUCACCUUGCGCUUGGCACCACGUCUGAUCAAGAUUGCGUCGCUUGACGUCGAGACGCCUGUUCGCACCAACGCUAUCAACGUUAUCACAUUGAUUGACAAGACUGGCGCCCUCCAAGAUGAAAUGGAAGAGGACCGGGAAAAGGUGGCACGCCUGAUCUUUGACCAGGAGCCGAAAGUGCGCAAUGCGGCCGCUGGGUUUGUCAAGAACCUCUGGCAUGAGCGCGCAGAGCACCUUCAGGCUGAGUGGAAGUCUCUGCGGGCAGGGAAAAAGAAGCGCGCGGCCAACGUGAAGGAAAAGGAGCUGGAAGAACGGCUGCGCUGGAAGACUCUUGCUACCCUCCUUGUGCAAACUGCGCGUGGGCUCACCGACCAGCCUGACGAGAGCCCGAGCGCGUCUCAAGCCGACCUCACUUCCAUCCCCGACACUGACGCCAUCACUCGCGCUGAGGCCGCAGCGGACGGCCUCUGGCCGCUGCUCCCGGAGCAGCAGGAGGAGCUAGCUGAUUAUCUGCUGUUGGACCACUCCACCCAUGAGCAGGACAUGUGGCUUCUUACAGAGGAGGAAGAAGACUUCAUGCUGGGUAUGCUCAUUGCCUCCAUUAAACGGAUGGACGAGGAGGAUGACGAGAGCACCAAGUCGCUCAUGGGCAUCCUACCUCGAUUGUUCACCAAGCACCAGUCUGAGCCGUCCCGCAUCGCAGGCAUCCUGUCCAUCCCGGAGCACAUGAACCUGCAACUCUACCUUGACAUGCGCAAGACGCCCGCAUAUGAAGCCCUCUGGACGGAUGUCACAAAUCAGUUCCUCAAGCACACAGACGCCAAUGUUCUCCAGGCCGCGAUCCGCGCAAUUAACAAGUUGGUUGAAAACUCCACCAUGGAGUCCACCAACACGCCCAAGCUCGCUGAACUGGAGGAAGCCGUCUUUGCUUCGCUUCGUGACGCAGUCAACGGCGAAGACGUCUUCAGCAUGCAGUUGGACGAUGAUGCCGCAACUCAGGUCGAGGCCAUUCUUAUGCGCGUGUCGCUCCUGGCUCGGAGUCGCGACGUUACAUCAGCAAUGAUGGACGAGGAAGGCGGCCAGAGUAGCGGGUGGGCAAUAAUCAGCGAGUUCGCCAAGCGUGGUGGUCUUGGCUUCAAGCAAGAGUCCAAGCUUGUUGCCUCGGCGAUCAAGACUCUCCUGUUGCAGAUCGGCUGGCUUACACGAAGUUUUACUGCUGCCAAUGCUGAGGAUGAGGAGAGGGUUGCAGCGUUGCAAGAGCGGCAGCAGGAAGCACUCGAGGUAUUCGAGAAGUACGGCAUCAGUGGUGGCCGAGCAACUGAGGCUGUCCGGCGUGAGGCGUUCCAGGCAUUCAUCCAUCUCCACACGCUUUUUGCACCCAAAGCCACCGAGAAGCCCUCUCCCGCUGCCCAGGCGUGCCCCUUGGAGAUGUCAUCCAUCCGUCAGCACAAGCUGGGCGGGGCCUUCCAAGCGAUCGUGGAGCGUUACGCCUCUGACCGCGAGGAAGAAGACGAAGACGAGGAUGAACUCACCUUCACUGCAGCUCAGCGCGACAUCUUCUUCCUCGAGCUCGUGGCGGCAUUCGUCGGAGCUUUGUGCAUCGGCGUCCUCGACGUUGAGCUAGCCAAGGAGCCGUUGGCGCACUUUGGCCGCUUUGGAGCGAAUUACGAUUCACUCGUUAAGCGGCUCGUUGACGUCCUCCGAGACGAGGGCAUCUAUAACGGCGAGGCCACGACAGUCCAACAUGUCGUCAGCGAGGCACUUCAGAAUUCGUUUGGCACUUUCAUCGACAGCACGGAUGACUUGGAACCAAAAGCUCCGCUUGCCCUCGCACGGCUUUGCGCGCAGGCUUUCAUUGUUCCUGGUUUGCAUUUCACCGUGCUCAAGCAGAUCCAUCCAGAUGACGUGUACGACAUGCAUAUUCGGAACCUCGACUGGUUGUUCAAGCAGGUCGCGACGUUCAACAAGCAGAUUGCGACGACCAAGGACAGCAAGGCGAGGCUGAUAAAGCGCCGUUCAAGGGUUCUCAUGUAUAUGAAGCCGCUGGCGCUGCUUCUCGGGCCGGUCACGGGGCGUGACGCCCUUCGCAUUCGCGACCACCUGGAGAAACUGGUCGAUGAAUGUGGCGACGCAGCAUACGUCCGCGGGACGCCGAUGUACGGUGGGUAUGAGCGGCGCUUGGUCAACAUCGCGGGCAAGGACAAGGGGCUCAAGGUGGCGACGAAGAAGGCUGUUUCUAAGCCGUCCUCGAAGAGCAAAGCGGUCGUCGACGGCAGUGAUGAGGAGUUGGACGAGCCGGAGAUUGCCAACGGGCGCCACGUGGAGACCAACGAGCCGGCGGGGCUUGAAGAGGAAGUCGCUGAGGAGGAACCCGAAGAAGGGACCGAAGCCGGAGAGGGCUCGGCCAUGGACGUCGAUGAAGAUGAGGAUCUCGAUGCAACGCCGACCAAGGCGUCCCAGGUUGAAGAAGCGACCCCAAAGAGGCGACGAGACAACUCGAGCCUUCCAGACCUCGAGCUGGACCCGGCUGUGAUCCACGAUGACGAGAUCGACUUGGCAUUUACCGACUUGCCCGACGAGCGUGCUCGUUCGCGCAGCCGGAGUCUGUCCGUGGAACCGACCGCCAAGCGUCGGAAGACGAUUGUGCGUUACUGAACGCCUUGCUCGUUUCGGAGUAGCGUCAUGUUGAUAGUGAGAGUGGCGGGAGUAGCAUCGCACAGUACAAUAGUAAGAGUAGCAGCUUGGGUUGAGCGUGUUUGCAUGUAUCGUGCUUUGGGUUU